CCGGCGGGCCCGGGGCGCGGAGCGGGCGCUGCCGGCGGGGAGCGCUGCCCGCGGCAUGGCCCUGGCCCCGGCCCCGGCCCCGGCCGGGCUCCCGCCGGGGGGCACCUCGGCGGGGGACAUGGAGCGCUACUACCGCCUGCUCCGCGCCGCCGCGAUGCUGGAGGCCGCCGCCGCCGAAACUGCAGUACCCAUCUGUGCAAAGGACAUCAGUGAUGAUCUGAUGAAGGAGUUUGCUUUUCUGUCUGGUGGAAGGGGCAAGGACAAGGCGUGGAUCAUCACCCUCCCUGACAACGCUGGCUUCAACCAGGUGCCCGAGGAGAGCGUGGCCAAAGUCCUGACCUACCUGACGUCUGUCCCCAGUCAGCAUGAGUCUGACACUAAAUUUAUCCUAAUCCUGGACAGAAGACUGGACACAUGGACAUCAGUCAAAACGACUCUCCAAAAAAUAGCAGCAUCCUUCCCAGGGAACCUGCACUUGGUGAUGGUUCUGCGGCCCACGGGGUUUUUCCAGCGCACCUUCACCGACAUCGGCUUUCGCUUCAGCCAGGAGGAUUUCCUGCUCAAGUUACCGGUGGUGAUGCUGAGCUCGGUCAGUGACCUGCUGGCCUACAUUGAGGAGCAGCAGCUGACCCCAGAGCUCGGGGGCACCCUGGAGUACUGCCACAGCGAGUGGGUCAUCUUCAGGACGGCCAUAGAGAGCUUUGCCCUGACUGUGAAGGAGAUUGCCCAGAUGCUGCAGAGCUUCGGCACGGAGCUGGCGGAGACCGAGCUGCCCGAGGACAUGUUCUGCAUCGAGCGGCUGCUGGCCCUGCGCGCCGAGCGCUACUGCCAGCUCAAGGAAGAAAUUACAGCAGUCACAAAAGAGGGAAAGCUGCUUUUGAGCAGUUUUGAAGAGCCGGACUCAGGGGAGUGCAGCCAGGACCAGCAGCAGGAGAGGCCUGGGGACUGGGAGACGGUGAAUCGGUUGCUUGGUCAGCUGCGUGAGAUGGAGACUGCUUUUGAUGGCUUCUGGGAAAAGCACCAGUUAAAAAUGGAGCAGUAUUUACAACUCUGGAAGUUUGAGCAAAGUUUUCAAGAGGUGAAGAGUGCCAUUGAGUUUUUGAUGGCUCAGCAGGCGGAGCUGCCCGACACCGGCGACAGCGUCCCCCAGGUGAAACAGAGGCUCAAGGAGCUGGAGCAUUUCGAGGGCAUGGCUCAGGAGCUGAUGGGGAAGGCUCAGGUGGUGAUCCUGCACGGACACCAGCUGGCAGCCAACCACCACUAUGCCCUGAACCUGAUCUGCCAGCAGUGCAACGAGCUGCGGCACCACUGCGACCUCCUGGCUGAGCACAGCAAGAGGAAGCAGGAGCGCCUGCAGAAGACCUUGGACCUCCACACCCGCCUUCAGCAGGCUCUGCAGUGCUGUGAUGAAGGUGCCUACCUGCUCGCCAACCAGCAGAUGGACAAGUGCCAGUCUAAAGAAGGCGCUCAGAAAGCACUCCAGGACAUAGAAAGAUUUCUUGAAAGCUCCUCAUCCUACUUAAACCAUGAUCCCCAAGCCCUACAGUACGACUUUGAGUCAGUGUUAACAUCUGAGUUGAAGUGCCAGAUCCAGGCGGUGCAGGUGAAGCUGGAGAACGUUCGCAGCAUGUUUGAGAACAGGCAGGCCUGCUUCAGGAGGCUGCUGGACAAGCACGUCAGGCCCGUGCAGCUCGUGGCUCCCCGGCCAGAGAACCCACCCCGAGCAAAGUCACCCUUGUUCUCUCCUAAGCACGGUGUAGAUUUUAAUUCCAGUUUGAAAUUUUCAUUUGAUCUCUCUCUCCCUGGGAAGAAAACUUCAAGAAAAACUCCAAGUUCUCGCAAGAUCGAGGUCAUGCACGACUACCAGGAGAAGAGGAAUUCCUUGCAGUACUUCAUUUCAGACAGUGAUGACAGCCUGGAUGUGCUGAAAGGCCACGUCAUAAAUGAGCUGGUAGAGACAGAGAGAGUGUAUGUGGAGGAGCUCUUCACUGUUCUGACGGGCUACAGAGCUGAGAUGGAUAACCCUGCCAUGCUGGUGCUGCUGCCCCCCGUGCUGAGGAGCAGGAAGGACGUUCUCUUCGGGAACAUGCCCGAGAUCUACGACUUCCACAACAAAAUUUUCCUGCACAGUCUGGAGAGCUGCCUGGGAGCGCCUGAGAGAGUGGGAUGCUGUUUCCUAGACAGGAGGGAGGAUUUCCAGAUGUACGAGAAGUACUGCCAGAACAAGCCCCGCUCCGAGUCCCUGUGGAGGCAGUGCUCCGAGAGCUCCUUCUUCCAGGAAUGCCAAAGAAAACUGGAGCACAAGCUGGGGCUGGAUUCCUAUCUGCUCAAGCCAGUGCAGCGCCUGACAAAGUACCAGCUCCUUCUGAAGGAGCUGCUAAAGUACAGCACGAGCUGUGACGGAGUUCAGGAACUCCAAGAAGCUCUGGUUGCAAUGCUGGAUUUGCUGAAGUCAGUCAAUGACUCUAUGCAUCAGAUUUCCAUCACAGGAUAUGAUGGUGACCUGAGCGAGCUGGGGAAGGUAUUGAUGCAGGGAUCUUUCAGUGUUUGGGCAGGACACCGAAAAGGGCCCACAAAAAUGAAGGACCUGGCCAGGUUCAAGCCCAUGCAGAGGCACCUGUUUCUGUAUGAGAAGGCCUUGGUCUUCUGCAAGAAGAGAGAGGAGCACGGAGAUGGCUAUGACAAAACCUCAUCUUACAGCUUUAAGCACUUUCUGAAAAUGAAUGCAGUUGGGAUAACUGAGAAUGUGAAAGGAGACCAUCGGAAAUUUGAGAUCUGGUACAGUGGGAGAGAGGAGGUGUAUGUGGUGCAGGCCCAAACAGUAGAUCUGAAGAUGGCAUGGUUGAAUGAAAUAAGGAAAAUUUUGUUCAAGCAGCAAGAGCUUAUAAAAGCAGGGGAGAAGCAGCAGCCUGGCUCGUGCUCGGAGCAGCUCCAGCUCUCCUCCCAGCUGGGGGACAGGAAGCAGCAGAGAGCCUCCAUCAGCUCAGAGGAGAACGACUCGGAGCGCACCAGCCCGGUGAUGCUGGACAGCGGGCUGCUGUCCCCCCAGAACAAACCCCACAGAAGCUGGCCGGGAAUGUCGCAGUCGCUGGAGAUCUGCGAGGGGCUGGAGGAGUGGGCGGGCCAGCAGUACCUGUGCAGCUGCUCCGACACCGAGGAGGACGAGGGCAGCCAGCUGUCUCCAGGAAAAUACAAAGCCCUUGCAGACUGCAAGAGGAGAGGAUCAGAGGACCUGCUGGUGAAGAACGGGGAUGAAAUUCAGCUCUUGCAUGAAGAUGGUGAGGGGCAGUGGUUGGUGAAAAACCUCAACAGAAGAAAAGAAGGCUGGAUUCCCGUGCACAGCCUGCAGAUUGUAGUCGGUGACUGCAGAUUUCGGAAUGCCAAAGUUGCAGAUUUCAUUGCGAGAGCACUGGGUAGAAGACCGGGGAGAAGAGAUGGAGUCUGACCAGGGAUUCCUGUGACUGUUCUCCUCCUCCCUGCUGUAGCUCACACCCCGUGUGAGCAGGAGGCACCUAAGCCAAAUCUCCUCCUGCUGCUAAAGACAUCGUGGCCUGAGCCCAGCACUCUAAAGGCAAUACUUCCUCCUGCUGCCUCCCUCCUGCCCUCACUGCUGCCUGCUGGUUAAUCCACCCUUAGAUAAAGUGUAUUAUAAACAGGUUUCCAGGCUUCAGCCAAAGGCUUGGAGUCUGCAGACCCAGAGUUCUCAUUUUCUAGCUGUAACUGUACAUAGAAAUAGACAGGGAAGCAUAAGAGAUGACACAAGAAAAUGCCUUAAGAGCAGCCUGUUGCCCUUGCCGUGUCUGCAGUGUCACUGCUCCAUGUGUUGCCUCAUCACCACGCUGUCCUCUGCAAAUGGGACACCAGGGCUGGAGAUGGAACAGCUCAGGAAGCCCACACAGACUUAGUCCAUUAAAAAAAAAUUAAAAUUACUAGCUAUAACUGUAUGAAGCAAAUCUUGCACGGAGAUUUCUCUUUAAAUAAUUCUUUCUGUCAGAAUAUUUUUUUUUUUAUGAAUGUGAAGGAAGCCAUCUGAGAGGCUUAACAUUCCAGCCAGCUCUUGAUGGUUUUUGGUAUAUUUCAGUGAAAUCCAUCCUAUACAGGAAGGUGUUUUUCAUCCCCUUUGUUGCAGGGCAGUCAAAUCUCCCAGGUUGAAGGUUUGCUGAUUUUCUGUAAGGGGUAGUUUGCUAGCCAAUGUUCAGAGUUUACUGGCACCUUGCAGUUAUGGCUCCCUUGAUGUCCUCUCCAUGUAUAACUACCCCAUCUCCCCAGGUCCUAUGCAGAAGGGUUUUCCAGCUGUGAAUGCAUCUCACAAAAAGCUGCUGGGAAACUUUGAGCCCUGCUUUGCAUUGUCAGUGCUCAUAUCCCCCAAAACCUAGAGACUGUCAGCUCAGGGCUGGUUUCUAAAGCUGCUGAGUACAACCUGAGGGGGAUGGCACGGGGUGAAACCACAGAAAAUGCCUCCUGUCAGUGCCACACCACUGCCAGGCACCCCAGAGCCGUGUCCCCCAGCUGAGAGCGCUGGGGCUCUGUUUUCCCUGCGGAGGUAGCUGCUCUCUUUGCUGUUUCUGGAGGUAGCUGCUCUCUUUGCUGUUUCUGGAGGUAGCUGCUCUCUUUGCUGUUUCUGAUGGUGCCUGCAGUCCCAAGGCACGAGUCUAAUCUUGCACACCCUCCAGGAAAGACUGGGGCAUGAUGUGGGAUGUUCUCUGCUGUAUCCUAGAGCUACUCCUAGAGCUUUUCAGCAGCGUGUCCUUACAGCCAUAAGCAACUUGCACUCUGAAAAUUGAUUUUCAUGCAGUAUUCUGCACUCAGCCAUUGCCUUUACCCUGGGGCUGGUCCCUUCCCCCUGCAGUGACUCCCUGGCAGUGUCUGGGCUCUCUCCUGCUUCUUCAGAAGAUGGAGCUCUUGUUCCAGUUAGCAGAGGGAGAGUUAGGCAGCCGAGCAGGGCAGGAGGAGCCUCAGAUCCCUCAGGGACUGUGAGCUGCUUGUGCUGAGGUGCUGCUUUGCAUGUCAGCAAUGUAAACUUGACUAACACGUUGUGGGAUCCCCCAGAGCUUGGAGAGUGUUGGAGAAACUUCAGUGCUGGGGGAGAGGCAGUUCUGGCAUUUUGUGGGGGCAGUGCCUGUCUGACUGCUCUGCUCCAGGUUCCUCUAAUUAAAACUCCAUGUCCAGUCACAGAAUUUCAGAGCAGAAUUCAUACAAAUCUGGGGCUUGGGAUUUUUUCAGGGUGAAGCCUUUAUCUGAAUAAAUUACCUUCCCAUUUCUGCUUAGAUUUAUCCCCCUGUGGGGGCCCAGCACAGGAUGGCUGAUACCUGCAUGCCUACCAGCUGUUCCUCUCCCUCCUGCUAAUGAUUGCAGUGUUGAGCCAGUACAGAUCACGAGGAAGUUACAGGGAACUCUUUGCUGUCCAUUUGAAGUUAGCAGAGGGGUGUUUGGUAAAUACCUCACUCCCCAGCCAUUCCAGCUCUGCAAAUCCAUGGUCCCGUGUAAAUCUUGGCCUGGAUAGAGCCAUGAGGUUCUCUGGGAGGAAGGUGGCUGCCUUGGAGAUCACUUGGAAAAUGAGUUUUCCUUCUGGUGUGCCUCUAGCUGUAAGUUCUGAGAUUAGUCCUUGCUGCUUUCUUCCAGACACAUUUAUUCUCUCUGCUGUGCAAACCCAUGGUGGAUUUUUUACUGUGCAUGAUGAAGGAGCAGUGUUGUAUUGCAGGUGGUAACAUGCAGAGCUCAAAACGAACAAUAUUUGGAGAGAACUGUGCUCAGAAAGAGCCAUACUCAGAGUGUAACUGCGGCUGAGGCUCACCCAUGUGCUGGUAGUUUCAGGGGCCUUGCAGGGGUCAGGCAUUGCCUGGUUAACUGGCUUGGCUUUUCCAUGAAUUAACACAGAGAAGCAAGAUUAGCUCUUCAUUUCAGGGAAGGCUGGGGCUCCAGCAUUGCAAUCCCAACUCCCCUUCUGCACUGGAGCAGGAGACAAACCAUUUCUGCAUGUGCCUUGGUGGCCUGGGUGGCCAGUGUGCCAGGAUGACACUGUGCAGCCCUGGCAGGUCUGUGCCAGUGAAGGGAAGGGGUCCCAGCUGCACUGCAGCACCCAGGGCAGGGCUUGGAACCAGAUUCCUUCAGAGCUCUCCUCCUGCCCAAGCCAUCCUGGUGAUUUGAGGUGGGCACAGCUCCUGUUCUACGUGCCAGACCCUCUCCUAGUUUAUUUAACAUCCUGCUUGCCACAUCCUCUGCUCCAAGCCUUAGGGGGAUCCCCUGUGCCUGCUCUCCAUGCCAAAGAGCUGAGUAGAGGUUUCUCCCUGCUGGCAGUGCCUGAAGGACUGAGCUUGCAUGUCCUGUGUCCCCUGGGCAGGGCACUGGGAUUGUCCUGUGCUCCCUGG